GCCCUCCUCAAGCGGGCAGCCCCGCUGGGGCCGAUGCCCAACGAGAAUAUUGACGUCAGCAACUUGGAAGUGCUGCAGAAAUACCGCAGUUUCGGUCGCUACUUCAGACUGGCAGAAAAGGAGAGCAGGAAGCCCUCUGGAGCCAUAGUUAUAGCCAGAACUGUAGUUUUCGCUGAGCCAAAGACUGACAUCAGCCUGCCGCGUGUUAAGCUGUCACGGGCAAAAGUUGUCAAGGAAAGAAAAAAGAUCCUGAGGGAGAAUCACCAGAAUGCUGAGAUGGAAAGAGCAGCACGGCUCCGGACAGAGCUGAUUCCCCUCGACGAGGUCAGAGCUGAGUGGGAGAAGACCAGCGGCCCGUUCCACAAGCAGCGUGUGGCAGAGCACUGUGGGAUAUUCCGUGACUUGUUCAAGGGGGCCACGUUCACCCCCUGGGUUAGCUUGAGGGUGGAGUACAGCCAAGAUGACGAGCAUCUCGUGCCAGUCUACUAUGGGAACAUGGUGACUCCGUCAGAGGCUUCCAGUUCCCCUGCAGUGUCCUACGAGGCAGAUAAAGGCUCUCUUUGGACUUUGUUGCUCACAAAUCCAGAUGGACAUUUAAGAGAGACGGACUCGGAGUACCUCCACUGGCUGGUGACAAACAUCCCAGGCAAUGACAUCAGGUCGGGUAAGGAGAUCUGCCAUUACCUGCCCCCCUUCCCUGCCAGGGGGACUGGCUACCAUCGCUUCGUCUUCCUCCUCUUCAAGCAAGACUGCCUCAUAAAUUUCAGCGAGGAUGUUCGGCCAAUGCCAUGCUACAGCCUCAAGAUGCGAACCUUUAGUACAUUCGACUUCUACAGGAGGCACGAGGACGCAAUGACCCCGGCAGGGCUGGCGUUCUUCCAGUGUCAGUGGGACAGCUCCGUUACGGGGGUCUUCCAUCAGCUUCUCAAUAUGAGAGAGCCCGUGUUUGAAUUCGUGCGGCCGCCUGUUUACCACCCUCCACAGUUAAAGUUCCCGCGUCACCAACCUCUGAGGUACCUGGACAGAUACCGAGACACCAAGGAGCCCACAUAUGGCAUUUAUUAG